GGCAUUGCAUUGGCUGUCCCUUGUCCAUAGGGAGCCGUUGCUGACCGAUAAACAGGUGUUGUCAGUUUUGCGCUCGUCAGAACCAGCUGUUUUGAUCUGAACUCUGAAGACAAAACAGACGCGACAGACCGGGGAUAAACCACUAACCGACUGCUCAGAUGCUCGGAGUUGGACGACUGCCACUUAUUUAAACACCUCGAAGAUUAGAAGUAGAGAGCACUCAUAUCGAGGGAUUCCAGAGUAACAGAAAUAUGGAUUUGUUUGGGGUUCUGAAUUUGGACGAAGUGUCCCAUGGACUGGCUGGUCUGUCCAUGUUUCCAUACUUUGACACGGCGCAUUACAUUGUCUCAGUGAUGGCAUUGCGAGAACAGCCAGGUGCCCUGGAGGUGGCGCGGAGGAGCCCGUUUGCCUGCUGGUUCAGUUCCAUGCUCUACUGCUUCGGCGGGGGCAUUCUCUCAGGUUUCAUGAUGGCUGAGGCCCCCAUAGCCUUCCUGUCCAACAGCACCAGCGUUCUCAUGGCCUCUGUCAUAUGGUACCUGGUGUUCUACUGCCCCCAGGACGUGGUGUACUCCUGUACCGCCCUCUUCCCCCUGCGUCUGGUGCUGACGGGUAUGAAGGAGGUGACCCGCACAUGGAAGGUCCUGGGGGGUGUGGCUCAGGCACACAGCAAGUACAAGGAUGGCCUGCUGGUGAUGAUCGCUAUAGGAUGGGCUAAAGGUGCUGGAGGGGGUCUGAUCAGUAACUUUGAGCAGCUGGUACGAGGAGUCUGGAAGCCAGAGACCAACGAGCUUCUUAAGAUGACCUACCCCACUAAGGUCACCUUGAUAGGAGCGGUGCUGUUUGCCCUGCAGCAGAACCAGUACCUUCCUGUCCAGAAACAGCACCUCAUGCUGAUCUACACUGUCUUCACCGUCGUCAACAAGACAAGGAUGAUGCUGACCGGCUCCUCUUCCUCACCCUUUGCUCCCAUCGAGUCUGUCAUAUACAGCACAUUCUUCGCUGGUCCAUCACCAUCCUCCUAUACCACCCUCACCACGGAGACUGAGACCCUUGAAGUGAAGAAGCCGUCCACAGCCACUAAGAAGAGCAUGAAAGAGGCCUGUGAGAGCCUGAACGGCGCAGCCCCUGGCUCCCCGUCCAAGAUUGCUGCACACAAGAGGGGAAAGGGCUCCCCGAAGAAGGCCAAAGAGCAACCGGAAAGCACUGAAACGGAGAGCAAUAAGAAGAGUGACUAGUGACUGUACUGUAUAGAAAUAUAGUCUAUAGAAUGGACGGCCACUUAGCACACUGGAAUUUGACUGGUAAAGGCAUGGGUACACUUAAUAUGGCGGCCAGUUCACCCAUUGUUAGUACAUUGACUUGAAUGGGGAUGUCCAUUCUAUAAAUUAUAUUUCUAUGCUGUAAUGCCCUCCUUAUCCUGGCUAGGACAAUCUAUCCUCCUUGUCCUGUGACACCGUCAUCCUGUGAUGGGUCCCAAUCUGCCCACUACCCCACCCCCUUGGUCCUAACACUUUGAUGUGUGUAGAUCUGUAAGGUGUAAGCAAUAUCAAUUAUGGCUAGGGUUGGAAAAUUCCUGCAACUUUCAAUAAAUUCCCUGGUUUUCCCAAAAUCCCGGUUGGAGGAUUCCUGGAAUCAGGGAAUAAGCAGGAAAUCUGGAGUCCUCCAACCAGGACUUCUGAAAAGCCAGGGAAAUGAUUGAACGUUCUAGAAAUUUUGCAACCCUAGUUAUGGCCAAGCGGGAGGAAAUUGGGGACCGCCUGAAUGAGUGCAAAUAUAAUCUAUGCUGAUUUUAUUAUACAGUAAAUGUAUCUAUAUUUUAUAUUGAAGUUUGAUAAUCCUUUUGUAAUUAUGCGUUGAUGAAUCCAGUUUUUACUAAGGGAUAAAUACUGUCCAUGAUGCUGAUCCAUGACUGUCGGCCACUGUUUAACUGUAUUUUAAUAUAAAAUAUUCUGUUUUAUUGGCCUGUAUUUCCUACUAUGAAAUAUUUUACAUAUAGAGAGUUUAUAUAAUUAUUACUCAGAUGUUCUAUUGUAUUUAUACUCACGGAAAUGCACUUGAAUUACACGUUUCUAAAUGGAAUGCUUUUUGGUACACUUACUCUUUUGUGAAUGCUAGUCUAUUGAGCGCUUCAAAAGUAAAUGAUCACAUGCACUUUAA